CCACAAUCAUCAUUGAUGAUUUGCACAAGUGCUCAAUUGCCAGACACUUUAAACUCUCGCGCGUCUUGUCCUGGUGUUGCUUCUCGCACAGGACUGACCCUCUUGAUUUGACGGCAUCCAUCUCAAUGGCUUGACUUUCGGAGUCGCUCACCUCACUCAGGAGUCAGGAGUCAGGACAUGGAGUUGUCGUCUCGUUUCAUUCAAUCCAUUUCGCGCGCGUUUGAAAAUGGUGUCGCGACGUCGACGUCAACGCGUUGUCACUCUACUCAUUUCAGCGUUCUUUGUAGUUUCGGUAUUUCAUCUCUUAUCCUCGUCGUCGCAGCCGCGUGUGCGCUUCGUUCCCAACAGCUUCGAUUGGGCCCAAGCGCAUGAGUAUCACCCUGCUACCUCCAUAAAGAACUUGCCAGCUGGCAAGCCAAAAGCGAUACCCCAGACCCAAGCACCCCGAAGCUCAUUCAGACACCCAAGCAAAGCAGAUCCACGCCGUGAAGAGGUGCUCAGGGUCUUCAAGCGGAGCUACAAUGCCUAUCGACAGCAUGCCUGGAUGCGAGAUGAGCUGAUGCCCGUCACCGGGGCGGGCAAGGACACCUUUGGCGGCUGGGCAGCUACACUGGUCGACACGCUGGACACCCUUUGGAUUCUGGGCCUCAAGUCAGAGUUCUACGAAGCUGCCAACGCAAUUGUGGGCAUGGACUUCUCAUUCACGCCAGAUGGAGCCGGUGCGGUCAACCUGUUUGAAACUACCAUUCGUCAUCUUGGAGGGCUAUUAGGUGCCUACGAUUUGAGUGGGGAACAAGCAUUGCUACUGAAAGCCGUGGAGCUGGGAGAGAUGUUGUACAAAGCCUUUGAUACCCCCAACCGCCUGCCAGGCUUCUGGCUGAACUUUGAAGAAGCCAGAAAGGGCAUCCAGGUUGCGGGGGUCAACGACCCUUCAGCGUCUCCCGCGUCGCUGAGUCUCGAAUUCACACGGCUUUCUCAGAUCACGGGGGACCCAAAGUUCUACGACGCAGCAGACCGUGUGACUCGUUUCCUCGAGGCUGUGCAGGGCAAGACGAAGUUGCCAGGAAUGUGGCCUGUGACCUUGAACUUCCAGGAGGAGGAAGCACCUGGCGAUACGUUUUCGCUUGGCGCCCUCGCCGAUUCAUUGUACGAGUAUCUGCCAAAGAUGCAUCUACUUUUGGGCGGCCUGGACGGCACCUAUGAGAAGCUGUACCGAGGAUCGAUGCAACAGGUGGUCAAACACCUGCUUUAUCGACCAAUGCUGCCGGACAGUGCGGAUGUCCUGUUCCUGGGCGAUGUACACAUUCCUGGGAACAAGGUUCAGCGGGUGCCGGAGGGGCAGCACUUGACAUGCUUUGCCGGAGGCAUGUUUGGUCUCGGUGGAAAGCUGUUCGACAUCGAUGCCCAUAUUGAUAUUGGUGAGCGACUGGCUCGGGGUUGUGGCUGGGCGUAUGGCCAGUUCCCCACCGGCGUGAUGCCUGAGAUCUUCAACCUCAUUCCAUGCGACACCAUAGAAGGCUGCGCUUGGGACGAAGAUAAAUGGCUCAAGCAAGGCGAUCAGGCACUCAACAGAGGCUGGAUGAAUGCUCGAGACCCUCGAUACAUUCUGCGCCCGGAGGCAAUCGAAAGCAUCUUCCUACUGUAUAGAAUGACAGGAAAGGAAGAUCUGCGCGAUCUGGCGUGGGACAUGUUCCAAGGGAUACUACGGUCUACCGAGACAAGUCUCGCAUAUUCGGCUAUUCGAGAUGUGACAGCUACCGACACGACUGAAAAGGAGGAUUCUAUGGAGAGCUUUUGGCUUGCAGAGACGCUGAAGUACUUUUACCUCAUUUUCUCGCCGGUAGAUCUCAUCAGUCUCGACGACUAUGUACUCAACACAGAGGCUCACCCAUUUCGACGGCCAAAAUAAAGAAAACAUAAUAGAUAUAGACGAUUUCGACGCCAAAUCAGCACCAGUACGUGAGGUAUAUAUGUCGUUGCUCCGGGGUAUAUGCACCUGCGAUCAUCGCGCCUCAGCCUUGACCGCGACAGGCGUACCAGCCGGGAUCAUGACCUCUGUUGCCGGCAUUUUCCACUGCGUCAGGUUGCGCAACUGCUCCAUGAACACAAACGUGAGCACGGUGUGUGGUCUGUUGAGGUGUUAGCAGGGGAUUCGACGGUU